UCAGCUUAUAACAGCGACAGUAAAACUAGCGUUACACUUACACACCGAGUCAUAUGUAGGUAGCAUGACGAGAAACUGUGACUUACAGGUGAUUAAAAUCAUCGAUCGUCGGAGUCGUUGUUCUCUGAUUAAAACCCUUCUUUGAUCACUGCUCGUCUCGGGAUCAUGUGCUAUGUUUACUUUUAGUUAAAACCAUUAAUGAGGAUUAUAAUUAGAUUAUUUCGAUGUUAAAUAUUUGCUCUAAUACGUCAAAGAAGUCCACCGAAAACUCCCUUUGAUCCUGGCUGGUGACAGCUCUCUCCAAGCAGGAACCAGCCUCCGUUGUUUUCCUUCUUUCUACCCCACAGACUCCAGAGGAAUGGUAGCCGGUUAGCUCAUCACACAACAGCUGUUGGAUUAACUUGUUAACGCAUUCAGUUGUUUUUUUAAAUAAUGAAUUUACUACCGUCUAAUCCUCAUGGGAAUGGGCUCCUUUAUGCUGGAUUUAACCAGGAUCACGGAUGCUUCGCCUGUGGAAUGGAAAAUGGGUUUCGUGUGUACAACACAGAUCCUCUCAAAGAGAAGGAGAAACAAGAGUUCCUGGAGGGCGGGGUCGGCCACGUGGAGAUGCUGUUUAGGUGUAACUAUCUAGCACUGGUGGGAGGAGGGAAGAAACCCAAAUACCCAACUAACAAAGUGAUGAUAUGGGAUGACCUGAAGAAGAAGACAGUCAUUGAGAUUGAGUUCUCAACAGAGGUCAAGGCAGUGAAGCUUCGACGUGACAGGAUCGUGGUGGUCCUGGACUCAAUGAUCAAAGUGUUCACCUUUACUCACAACCCCCAUCAGCUGCAUGUGUUUGAGACCUGCUACAACCCCAAAGGUCUGUGUGUGUUGUGUCCCAACAGUAACAACUCUCUGUUGGCCUUCCCUGGAACUCAUUCAGGCCACGUGCAGAUAGUGGAUCUGGCCAACACAGAGAAGCCCCCUGUUGACAUUCCUGCCCAUGAGGGGGCGCUGUGCUGCAUCGCUCUCAACCUGCAGGGCACCAGGAUAGCUACUGCGUCAGAGAAAGGAACUCUUAUAAGAAUUUUCGACACGUCUGCAGGUCAGCUGAUCCAGGAGCUGAGACGAGGCUCUCAGGCAGCUAACAUUUACUGCAUUAAUUUCAACCAGGAUGCGUCCCUCAUCUGUGUGUCCAGUGACCACGGCACAGUGCACAUCUUUGCUGCAGAGGAUCCCAAGAGGAACAAACAGUCCAGCCUGGCAUCAGCCAGCUUUCUCCCCAAAUAUUUCAGCUCUAAAUGGAGCUUCUCCAAGUUCCAGGUCCCCUCAGGCUCACCCUGUGUGUGUGCUUUUGGAACAGAGCCCAAUGCUGUCAUAGCCAUUUGUGCUGACGGCAGCUACUACAAGUUCCUGUUCAACCAGAAAGGGGAGUGUUCCAGAGACGUCUACGCCCAGUUCCUGGAGAUGACCGAUGAAAAAAUAUGACCUUUGACCCUCCUGCAGACUUGUUAUUACACAGCCUGUUUUCUGUUUUUUUCCCUUCUGUUUUUUAUUUUGGAGGAGGCAGGACACGUCCCUUGUUGCACUUCUCUUUAUCUUGAUGGACUCUGUCAAAGAGCAUCAGAUGACGGGAGGACAAAGAACGAGUAGCACAGACUCUGGGAGGGAGGGGGGGAGGGGACGACCCCUCACAGCAAAGACAGACAGAUGGAAGCACGGACAGGGAUGCUGACUGUCUCUCAGACUCCUGAGGAUUGUCUCCGGACAGACGGACAGGCGCCGACUUUACUCCCAAACCAAACACAAGAGAAAAGAGGGAAAGUUUUUUUUUUUUGUUUUUUUUUUUGAAAGGACACGCCGCUUUUUAAGACGUCUUCCGAGGAAUUUACAAAGGAUGGCUAUUUUUAAUCACCUAGAUGAUUCUGAGAGUUAGACGGAUUGAAAAUAUUGAGCUUUUUGUCAACUAACACCACCUAAUCCUAACUAUAGGGAGUGCCUCUGAGACUGGAGAGAAUCUGUAUGUGUGAACAUAUUACUGUUGUCAUAUAUACAUAUGUGUGUUUGUGUAUAUACCAAUGUACCAUAUUAGGUGUUUGCAAAGCAGGAUCAGGACGAGGUGACUGCCUCCACCUUUCAGGUUCACAGUAACAUCGGGAACAGACUCUGAUCCUGUGUUGUGAAACGUCACUAGUAUUACUAGAUUUUCUUAUAUCCACUGUAUAAACACAAUGCGCCAGACUGAACUUCUAACUACUUAGACCUGUACAGAAUAGUAGCAAAAAGAAAAAAAUAUCAACACGUAUUUUUGUUUCAGUCUUCCUUUUUUCAUACGUUGUGCAAUAUAUGUUCUCCCUGAUUGUUUCUGUUAAAGCUGAGUGUUUGUUGUUUCCACUCAAACGAGAAAGCUUAAACAGUUCAUCUUGUGUUGGGAGAUGUGGCUCUUUCCUGCUGCUGUUUGUACGGAUGAAACAAACGACACAAACACUGUAUUUAUUAGUGAGCUUUAGAGCUGUAAAGCUGAUUUUUCCCCUUCUCCAGACGUAAUGCUAAGCCAAGCUAACUGCUGCUAGCUUUAGCUUCAUAUUUACUCUACAGACAGGAGCAGCGUUUAGCUUCUCAUCUGACUUUCAGCAAGAAAGACUCUCAUUUCCCAAAAUGGUGAACUGUUUUUUAAGAGUUUGUAUCAGUUGAUAGUUUUGUUGUUCCUAGCUGAACUGGAAAAGCCAAACACAGACGCGGUUUCCAUGUUGAAUCACAAAAACCUAAUCGAUUUAAGACGAGAUUGUUGGUCAUUUUCUACCCAACAGCUCGACUGUAAAACUGUUCAGAAUAUUUUGAAUUUGGUUCAAGACUGCACUUCACGUUUAAUGUUAAUACAUUAAUAUUUCAUGUCGAUUAAAUCAGAAACCUGGAAUAGAUGAUUGCUGGUUUGCUUCAUGUACUUUUCGUUGGCCAGUGUGACUCCAGUCACAUCAGUCUUUUUAUUUAAAUGUCAACACUCUUUACUGAUGAGUGUAGUUUGUCUGGUGUCAGUGCAUCUCUGCCUCUUCCUGCCCCUAACAGCUUUGAUAAAACUGGCUGAUGUAAAUCAGGGAAUCUGAAGUGCUUUGUUGAACCCUGUGGCCGUAAACAGGAGAUCAGUUCAGUGUGGAUCCAUCACUACGGUUGUUAAAACUGUGUUAAUGGAAAAUUAAUUUUGUUUUCAUCCUUUUUUUUGUUGAUUCUGUGCAAAAACAUUUCUUUGUGUUGCUUUCUACAUCAGAUUGUACAUCUGCAGGUGUCGCUGUGGAACACACACACACCGCACUGACCACAGUAGGGACGCUGCACAAACUGAAAAGCCAACUUGUUUCUGACACACUCAGAAUGAUUGUAAAAAAAAUCAGCAUUUAAAUUUGUGAAUAAAAAUUUAACAUCUGCUUUUACAGUUAAACUUUA